CACGAAUUGAGCUGCCGCGUCUAUUUGAAGUUAAUAAUAUUUUUUAAUUUAAAUUCAGCACAUUAGUAAAUAUUAAGUUUACGGAUUAAAAUAAGAACAAUUAACAGAUAGUUUUGAUAAAGAGUGAAGUGAAUUAAAGAUAAAAUGGCAAGCAGAAGUGUAAGAAAAACGACACCCAUUUCGAAUGUACGUCCAAGUUCGCCGCUUUCUCCUACAAGACACUCCAGAUUGGUUGAAAAGAAUGAAUUACAAAAUCUAAAUGAUCGUCUUGCAGCUUAUAUUGAUCGUGUCAGGAAUCUUGAGAAUGAAAAUGCCAGAUUAACAACCGAAAUUACGUGUUAUCGCGAUACAACAACGCGGGAGGUUACUAAUAUUAAAAGUAUGUAUGAACAUGAAUUGUCCGAUGCACGAAAGUUAUUGGAUGAGACAUCAAAGGAAAAAGCCAAGCUUGAAAUCGAUAUCAAACGUAUCUUUGAGGAGAAUGAGGAUCUCAAAAAGAGAUUGGACAAAAGAAAUAAGGAAUGUGCUACUGCCGAAAACAAUUAUCGUCUUUAUGAACAAAAGUUCCAUGAUUUAACUGCUAAGUAUAAUGCUGCAUGUUCAGAGCGCAAAAAGGCUCAAGAUGAGUUGAAGGAUUUAGAGAAGGAAGUUGACAAAUUGAGGAAGAUGCUUGAAGCUCUUCGCAAGAACUUGGAGGAAGAAACUUUGGCACGCGUUGAUCUUGAAAAUAACAUUCAGAGCUUGAAAGAGGAAUUAACUUUCAAGGAUCAAGUUUUUCAACAAGAAUUGUCAGAGUCACGUUCACGUCGUCAAGUUGAGAUCAGCGAGAUCGAUGGGCGCCUUAACGAGCAAUAUGAAGCCAAAUUACAGCAAUCUUUACAAGAAUUACGUGAUCAAUACGAAGCACAAAUGCGUAAUAAUCGCGAUGAAAUUGAAGGAUUAUAUGAGAAUAAAAUUAAGGGUCUUCAAGGGCAAAUUGCCAGAGCUAAUAAUGCUUCCUCAGCUGUCCACGAAGAGAUGCUUCUCGUUCGUUCGCGUGCUGAUAGUUUAAAUGGACGAAUUGCUGACUUGGAAGGAUCAAAUGCUAACUUAUCAGCACGUAUUCGUGAUCUUGAGAGUGUUCUCGAUGCUGAACGUGCCAGGUUCCAUCGCGACUUACAAGUUUUGGAAACAGAAUUGGCUCGCAUGCGCGAAGAAAUGGCACAACAAUUGCUAGAAUAUCAAGAUCUGAUGGAUAUUAAAGUUUCAUUGGACCUCGAAAUUGCAGCUUAUCGUAAACUUUUGGAAGGCGAAGAAACUCGUUUGAACAUUACACCAACUCAAUCUCAGACAGCUUCCUUUUCACAAUCUUUGCGUGCAGGGCGUUCAACACCGAUUCAGUUUCGGACCCCCUCAAGAGCAGGUAAACGUAAGAGAGCGGUAUUCGAAGACGAGGACGAGCAAAAUUUUAGCGUCACAUCAUCAGCAAAAGGGGAAGUAGAAAUAACUGAAGUUGAUGCUGAAGGGAAAUUUGUCAAAUUGUUAAAUCGUGGAAAUAAGGAAAUUCUUAUUGGUGGAUGGCAAUUGGUACGCAAGAGUGGAGAAAACGAAACUUUGUUCAAAUUUCAUAGAACCGUGAAAAUUGAAGGAGGACAAACAGUCACCGUUUGGUCUUCCGAUAGUGGUGCUACACAUGAGCCGCCAGCAAAUAUUGUCAUGAAGGGACAACGGUUCUUUGUGAGCGAUAAUAUGUCAACGCGUUUGGUCAAUGGAGACGGAGAGGAGGUUGCAACCCACGAAAGAAAACAAGUUCAAAAAACCAUUCAUCGUGAAUUCGGAUAUAGAGGCAUCGAAGAUUUCCAUCACCAACGAGGCGAUCCAGCAUCUGGAGAAGAGAAGUGUCGUAUUAUGUAAUAUGUUUUACUCUGUUCAAUUACCUUAAAACUAUAAGAGAGAGAAUCUUAAGUGUCAUUAAAUUACUAUUGAUUAACACAUUUUUGCAUAAAACUUUAAUUUCAAGUUAAUUCUAAUAUUAUAUUAUCACAUGAGAAGAUUACCUAUUAUCGAGACGUCUAACUUUCAAAAAAAUAAUUUGUUACUAAAACAAUCAAAAAAAAAGAAUAAAAAAUAUUAAGCAAAUGAUUAAUCACAAA